UGACUUCCACUAUCAGCACUGGGAACGGUGACACGUUGCGUUUCUUGGGUGUAAACAACAAAAAGGCUAUCGGCCCGGAGCGUAUUGCUUGCCACUGCUCUUCCUUCUCGACUUUUGGCCACAGUAACACUAGGCGUCGGCGCGGACAGAUAUUUUAUUCGAGUCUGAAUUCGUGUUAUCGCCAUCAUGAGCACUACCCUACCCCCACCUCCUUCAGACCCCAUCUUUCUCAGCAAUCCAUACGCGGACCACCCCAGCCUCACCCCACUUGAAGCAGAUGUCUUAUGGGAGUACGCAAAGUUGGCUACGAACGUCAAGCAGGUGGCUAGUAAAGCCAAGGGAUUAUCGAAGGAGCCUGAUGAACAGCUGUUGGCGCGCUUGAGGGAUCUGGAGAAGAAGAUGGGGCUCGUAUUGACAUUGUUUAAAGCAUCUAUCUGGGGCGUUAUCAACGAACAACAAUAAAUCGGAUACCAAUGGAUGUGCAUCAUCGAUGACGACAAAUCGAUUGGGACUUUCUCUUGCAUACCACACCUUCUUAGCUCUUCGCUUGUGCACAUGUACUCAUUGUAACGUUCUCUUCAAUAUUAUUACUCCAUUACUGACUUCUAUAUCUCGCUUCAGA